CAACUUUAUAUCAACCAAUUCAUAUUUCAUCUUCUUCACCAACAAAAACCUUCUCAUUCUACUCGAUUCAAUUUCUCAUACUUCAAAUUCUCAAUUCGCGAGAAAAUGGAUGCCAUUGAUUCCGUCUUCGAUCCACUCAGAGAAUUCGCCAAAGACAGCGUUAGGCUCGUUAAGCGUUGCCACAAACCCGAUCGCAAAGAAUUCUCUAAGGUUGCUGUUCGUACCGCGAUUGGUUUCGUUGUGAUGGGAUUUGUUGGGUUUUUCGUUAAGCUUAUCUUUAUUCCAAUCAACAACAUCAUCGUUGGAUCUGGUUAGGAUGGGGGAAACUAGACUCGGGAAUUCAUGUUGUGAAGCAGAAGGAGGCAGAAGAACUUAAUCUUAGUUAUGUAUUUCAGAUUUUCUUUUUCCAUAUUUCUUAUCAUCGGAAGAUAGGGUUACAGUUUUAUUGAACAUGUAAAAUUUUAUUUUUCCAUGUGUUAGACUUUUGACAAAUUGUUCAAUGAGGAAAAAGUUUAGACAAGGAUUUGUGCUUU